CUAACACGCAUCUGCCCCACCCCCAAGGUUUCUGAGAAGCUAUUGUGAACCUGUCAAUUUUCUAGUUACAGUAUAUCUGUAUGCAAUCGUCUCUGAUACUCUAAAAGAAGGGACAUGAGAAGUGUGAUUUGUCUACGUGUGCCUGACAAGGAGAGAGGCUUUCUACAGCGACGGUAAACAGCCAGGAACUUGACUUCUCUCCCCAAAGACCUUCCUUCUCCCUGCUCCUCCCUUAAGUCCAUCACUGAAACCCUUCAAACUCUCAAAAGCGCCGCCCACAAUGAUGCAGUUUUCUCCUUAAUCUUAUCCGGCUCCGAGGUAAUUUGCAAGGCUAAUGAGGGUCAGCCCCAAGUAUCAGGACAGUCCUUUCUGAGAUCCUACACACGACCGAGCGCUAUAAAAGGGCACACCCAGCGCUGGAUGCAUCUUCUUUCUCCCAGACUGGCUGCACGUCUCGGCCCGGUCAGAGGUUGAAGCCAUGGACCCCCAUCUGCCCACGCUGGAAGGGCCGUCUUGCAGGUGGGCACGUCCGGAGCCCCUCAUGCCCCCGGGCCUGAACCGAGAACAGGCCUGGGCCUGGGCGCUGGAUAACUUCCCGGCGCUGAGCCGCCCCUCCUGCCAACGCCCCCAGUUGUGCGGGGACUGGAACCCCUGUGCGUGCAGGAGGCUGCGCCACGCUGGCUCUUGGCACGGAGAUGGUCUCCGGCUUGAGAGGGGCCAGAAACGCUGCCGAGACCCUCACGUCCCGGCUGAGACCGCGAUGGAGCUACAGUCACCUCCACGAGAGGCACAUGUGACAGACCGUGUUGCCGGAUGGACCCUGAACCGGCCAGGAGAUGCCAGCGCCAGCGGAGGUGUACAGACCCACGGCCAGACCGCCUCCAGGAGCCCAGGCCGUCCCCGGAAGCUGCUGAAAACCGUGGCUCAAGGCAAGGUGGAAGCCGGAGAGGGAAAGAAUUCCAGCAUCGUCGCCGGGGCCCACAGCGCCCCUUCAACCGAUGCGCUGGAAGGAGCCCGACACCCUAUGGGGCCCUCAUUCUGUCUGUGUGGACUUCUCCUCGCUGGACUGGCCGGACCGAGAUGAACCUUGAGGUCUCUGGUGGAGAACCUUCCUUAUUUACUUUACCUGUCCUCAAUUACCUACAGGUUUUUACAUUAGAAAACAUUCUUCAUGGAAUCAGUAUCUUGAAAAACUUCUUCUAGGACCACCGAGAAUCGACACAAAUUCUAAUCUUACUCGAGUUCCACACGACAAUUAAAGCCUUUUCUUCUUAUUCUCA